AGAGGGAUAAGGGUGGAAGAAAAUGGAUGGAUGGAUGUUAUGAUCAGCAGCUGCUCAAAACAUAAACAGCCUUUUCAUUAACUUUGACACUCAUAUGAGUAAAAUGUGCUAACGCCGUGUUAGUCAUACUUGAGUACAAUUUUUCGGUACUUUACCCACCUCCGUUAAUUUCCAAAGUAAUUUAAUGUGCAUUUCUUAAAGGAUUUAGUUCCGUGCUUACUGUAUUUAUUUGGUUCGCAGAAAAAUGUCGCUAAAAAGCUCUCUGGUUGACCAUCACCGUAACCGGAAGUAGGUCGGCGUGACUCAUCUUGUGUUGUAUCUUUGUUACAGGACGUAGAGAAGCUGGUGGUUGUAUUUUUGAUAAACAGCGCCUCUCUGUGGUCACAAAUGGUCUCUAGCUGUCACUAUUUUAAUAUAUUUCUUUAAAAAUGUGCUACAGUGUGAGGCGGGCCAUUUUUGCUAACUGACAGAGUAUUUAUUUCAGUUUGAGGUUACAGGAAGUAGUUGUUGUGCCGCCAGCUAGCAGCAGUGUUUACUGCCUGCGCAGAGGAGCAGAAAACUGUCAACUCAUGUUGGUUCGGAGUCCAUGUUGACUUCCAGAGCAGCAGCAGCCGUAGCAGCGGGCAUCACUCUCAUCACCGUGGCCGAACACAUGAGCUCCGUGGCGGGAACCGCUCACUGUGGGCUCCGUGGGUCGCAGGGCUCCGGCAGCCCGAACGGGAGGCGACUGCAGCGGCUGGUCGGAGUCUCCGGCUGCGGUCCGAACCGGGUCAACGACCUGCUGCUGCUACGGCCCGAAUCAGACGAAGAGAGCUGCUCCGGAACCAAGGAGAGGGGCAGCAACAGACACGUUGUCUUCUUCCAUGGAGACAUUCAGAACUUCAAGGAGGAGAUGGCCCUGCAGCCAGAGGCGGCUCAGUGGCUGUCCUGGAGUCUGGAGCAGGUGGCCCUGGUUCUGGGCCAGCGGUUCCCCAACAGGAACAUCUGGGUGGUCAAAGCCUCCCGCAUGUACCUCAACAAGUUCAGCUGCUACCAGAACUUCGUGGAGAGCAACAUGUUUGGCGCGCCGGAGCACACCGCCAACGGCGGAGCUUUUCACCAGCUCAGGUCGCUGCUGACCAACGCCAUGGAGCGGGCCAAUCUGUCGCCUGCAGGGGGCGCCGGCGGCCUGCCGCCCGGGUUCUCCCUGACCCUGGUGGGCUUCAGUAAGGGCUGCGUGGUUCUCAACCAGCUGGUGUACGAGCUGCCCGGGGCGCGCGCCGACCUCAACAUGGCCGCCUUUGUGCGGCGGAUUUCAGACAUGUUCUGGCUGGACGGGGGCCACCCGGGCGGCAGCCGCACCUGGGUGACGGACCGCGAGACGCUGCGGGAGCUGGCGGCCAGCGGCAUCUCCGUGCACGCGCAUGUGACCCCCUACGAGGUGCGCGACCCCAUGCGGGCCUGGGUUGGCCGCGAGUACGGCGUGUUCAUCCAGACCCUGGAGGAGCUGGGCGCCUGCCCCAGCAGGAAGCUGCACUUCCAGGACGAGCCGCCGUCCAUCCAGAACCACUUCCGGGUCAUCCUGGAGUUCUGAGUUUUGGGUUUCGAGUUCUUCCUGUUUUGGUCUUAGAACUUUACGAACGUGAUCGGAAACAUGUUUACAUUUGAUGAAACGUGAAAAAUUCAUGUUAAUUUAAUAUUUAACCUAAUUAUAUCUGAUGUAGCAUUCAGAGUACAGAGGACCAGAAAUGACUAAAUUAAACAUCAAGUUAAAUAAAUAAAUGUUUGAUUUAAUAAACAUAAUAAUAACCAUUGCCCAUCAAUGGUUCUUGAUGGGCAACUUUGACUGCAGGCACAGGAACCAUAAAUAAACACGAUUAAUUUUAUGCAUCUAAAUUAUUAAUUUUCACAUUUUAUAAAGUGUCAUAAAUAAAUACACAUGUAUCUAUUUGAUGAGCCAAUAUGUAAUUUUGUCUCUUUUGGCCCUCCGUACUGGAGGUAAACAGCCUCCUGGUUCAUUCCUUCAGUCUGAACCCAGGGUUUAUUUUUCCUCCUUUGAUGAACAGAACUCGACCCGACUCGGUAGAACCUGUAGGUAGAACUGUGAGCCUCAGAACAGAUCCGACCCGGGAAACAGUCUGGAUCAGAAGGCCCGGUCAGAUCAUCUGCAUUUUGGGUUUUUAAGGACUCAUUAGGACCGGCUGUGAGGUUCUGAUCCGGUCAGGCUGUGGCUGGUAUCGGACCAGUUCUGAUGGGCAGAACUGGGAAUGUAGGGAGGAGGACCAGAACCAGUUUGGAUCGGGCCAGCCAACCAAACAUCCAGUUCUGGUUUCAGCAGCUGAAUGUUGAUCAAUUUUUUCAUCCUGAAAUUAAAACUGUUCAAUAAAAUCUCUAAAUGAUUGGCGUCCAUGAUGAUGAAGCUCCUCCCCUCUUCAUCACCUCCUCUUCCUCAGUUAGUGUGACGCCAGCAGCUCGUUUUCCUGUUUCUGCUGAAUGUGACUUCUGAUGCAUUCCUUGCUGUCGUGCUGCUGGUGCCCAGCAGGGGGCGCCACGGGACAGACACGCCACACUGAUGCCGUUUUCUACAACUUUAAUGAGCUUUUCCAGUUUGCUUUGUGACGCCUACAGAUUAGCCAGCAGUUAUCAGAUUACAGAUUAUUUCUUCUGUUGAAGAUGUAAUUACGCUCAAACAUUAAAAAACAUAAAAAU